CGCCGGACGCUGAUGACGCACGUAUCCCGCGACAAACCUGUUGCUUAGCAACUCGGAACACCUCGGCGUAAAAGCGGUCGUCUGCACAUUUUGGUUUUAAAAUUCACAAUGCUUGAUGCGGCAUUACGUUCAUAUGAUGCUCAAGUUGUCUUGGCUACAUCGAGUGAUGAGAAUUAUCCUGCGGAGAAUAUAAUUGACGGGAAAACGGAGACGUUCUGGAUUUCAACUGGCUUGUUUCCUCAAGAGUUCAUCAUUCGCUUCUCGGAUAACAUGAAAAUACUCACUAUUUCCAUUCACAGCUACAACAUUAAAAGGUUGAGAAUAGAAAUGAGCACAUCAGAGGAUGCUGAUAAAUUUGAAACACUUGCAGAGACAGAGUUUGAACACAUUGAGAGCGGUCUACAAACUAAUGAUAUUUCUGUUAAAGUACCAAAUGCAACACACUUGCGGUUUAUUAUAUUAUCAGGAUAUGACCAUUUUGUCUCCGUACAUAAAGUUAGUAUACAAUCAUGAGAUCGCCUUCGGUGUUAUUAAUUUACUAGUAUAUGGAGUAACUUAUGUCAUUGGCUUUACAGUCAAGUGAAUCACAAGAGUUACUGAUAUCAUCAAAGUUUAUGAAUGUCUAUUUUUCUAAACCAGUCAACCUUUCCAUAAUUCACUUAAUGUGCAAGUCUCCUCUUUGCUUUUGUAAACAAAUGAUUUAAUGCUAAAAGUUAAGUUUGUUUCUAUAUUCUGUUUGGUUCAACAUUUGUUUAUCUUCCUUAGAUAUUUAAACAGUAUGUUGGCAAUAGCAUUUAUGAUUUCACAUUAUAACAUUUUAAAUAAAUUAUGAACGUAGUUUAACCACA